UAAACUUGCGAAUGGCGCUAUCGCUUAUGUCAAUCUCGGAGAGUUUGAAUGGUGUCGUCCCGCCCCCCAGUACGCCAGCAAGAGUCAAACGAGAGACAUCGAGCAAACACGCUAUUCCUACAGCGCAGUGUGACAGCGACGCCCAAGUCCCAGCCUCCACAUGCGACCAUGUGCGACACGUCUAUCAUCGGGCCGAGAUGCUUCAAGCUUUUUAUGCAUCCCAACUAGAGUAGUCUCGCCAUGUUUUAUCUACUGGCAUUCUU